CUGUGAGACCUGGUGAAGACGUCACUUUGACCUGCGAGCGUAGUGAUCGAUCUAAGUUAGUUUGGAUCCGACUUGGACUGAACCACAUGCUGCAUGCUUUCGGGAGAUCAGUCUAUUCUUAUCAGCAACCUUUUAACCUUAAAACUACAUUUGAAAAGGGCACAUUCUCCCUCCGUCUUUCUCAAGCGAGAGAAGAAGAUUCUGCAGUUUUCAUCUGUCUGGAAAUAAGUCAGGAUGGAUGGUUAUGGAUAUUUUUGAAGCGCGUGGAGCUGACGGUGGCAGAUGUGUCCAAACCAGUCCAUCCAGGAGCCUCAAGUCCUCCUCCUCGCCCAACACUGGAGAAUUUAACCUCCUGUUUUCCACCUGGAAAGUUUCCAUCUGGACCUGCUUCAGUUUACACUGAAGGGAAUCAUGAGUACGAGUGUGGAGAUGAGCGCGAGGGACAGUCCUCCAGCACAUGUGUCUACAGCUUCUUCAUGAACACCAGCCUGUUUGAGGGAGGAUUACGCUCUGUCACCUCAUGUGGAGAGAGGUCUGAGGCUGGAGCUGCAGGCUCAAACAUGUCGACUAACAACCUCCUUUAUGUCGGAGCGGCUGCUGCUCUGACUGUGGUCCUGAUUGUUGCUUGUUUGAUCCACCAACCCAAAAACCUGGUUGAUCUGCAAACACAAACUAGCGACGGUCUCCAGGCUCCCCUGAGCCAUGAACACUCAGUGAUGUGUUACACAGCCGUCUGCAGUGAGGAGAAGGCAGGAGGAGAGAGAGCAGCGUGCAGGAGGAGGAGGAGUCAGAACCUGUCACACUGAGCCUCACUGAGCUUCCUGUGUCAUCUGUGUCCCACAUUCACACUUCUUAUCUGUCUCACCCUCUGAAACACUUCAGUUUCAACAAUAACU